AACGAAUGCCGAAUCAGAGCGGGAGGCAGUUGUUUUGCAAGCCCUGCAGCAAACAAAUACUCUCCUUAGCCGACCGUUUUUUCAAAGCAUAUGGAUCCCUGCGGCGACUCCUUCGUGGCCCAGAAGUAGUCCGGAGGUAACAAGACCACCGGUAUAUUACCCACAUGCCCCGCUGAACCCAUCUCAAGAGUGCGCAGUACGGAAAAUAUUAUCUUGUAAAGAUGAAGACCGCGUUGUAGUUAUUCAAGGUCCUCCCGGGACCGGAAAAACAACUGUUAUAGCAGCGAGCGUUACAAGUAUCAUGAAUUCAUCUGACGAAUCUCGUACCGUAUGGAUCGCCGCUCAAUCUCACGUUGCCGUGAAAAAUAUCGCAGAAAAGCUAUGGGAUAUCCAAUUCAAAGACUUUAAGAUUUUAGUAUCUAAAGACUUUCAUUUCGACUGGCAUGAGCACCUUUACGAGCAAAUCGAAGAAUGCGUGAUUCGUUCCGACGAAUUCCCCAAUAAUGUCGUUGGCACUGAGCGUGUUGUUCUUGGGGCUAGAGUCAUCCUAUGCACUCUAACUAUGUUGUCACAUCGUAAAAUCGGCACCUUCCCUCUGGUCGUCCCUAUCAACACUAUCAUAUUUGACGAAGCAAGCCAGAUAGAAGUCGGUGACUACCUCCCUAUGCUCAACCGUUACCACACCACUCUCGGAAAGCUUGUCUUCAUUGGAGAUCACAGACAACUUGCCCCUUAUGGGCAAGAUGACGUCGGAAAUCUGCAGAGCAUUUUCGACUUUCCACAUAUGCAUAAUAAAGCUAUUUUCUUGGGUAUUCAAUAUCGGAUGCCUCAUGUCAUUGGCGAAUUUAUAUCUCGUCAUGUCUAUGAUAGGAGACUUCAGACUCAGCACAGUAUCACUUCUCGGAGUGCAUGUCGUUUUGUCGAUGUGCUGAAUGGAAAGGAAGAGAAGUCGGGAAAGAGCUGGGUUAACCGCAAGGAAGCUGGUAUUGUGGUGAAUAUCUGUCGCAUUUAUGAGAAGCAAAGCAAGGCAUUCCGAGUAAUCACACCUUACGAUGCUCAGCGGUCUCUGAUAGAGAAGGAGCUCGAAAGCGCAAAGCUGAAGUGGGAAAACAAAUGCUUCAACGUCGAUUCUUUCCAAGGAAACGAAGACGAGCAUAUCAUCAUAUCACUUGUUCGCUCAGAAGGAGUGGGAUUUUUGAAAAAUAAUCGUCGUACGAAUGUCAUGCUUACCCGUUGCAAGAAAAGCAUGGUCAUUUGCACCAGCCGUUCUUUCAUCACUAAGAAAGCUGCUUCCAGUCUCAUGGGGAAGCUAGCGGCUACAGUUGGCCCUGUGGCUUGGGUGGGAGUAGAGGCCUUCCGAUGACGAUGUAAAUUAUCAAUUCUUGAGUAUGCUGUAUGAUUUGUCUUGUUGUAAAGAGUAGCCUGUACGAUAAAACUGAAAGUGCAGCGAGA